UUUUCCGGCGAGAGAAAAAAGGCGACUUUCGAAACAGCGAUGCCCACAUUUCUAUGUUUCUUCAACAGUGAUUUUGCAAUCACUACGCCUUUUUAGCCUACCCAUUCAAAAGGGUCUCAAGAUUCUUCUCCAAGAAUUCAGUAAUUACUCUCUCUUUGGAUUAGGGAUUAGAGAUUAGAGAUUAGAGAAUCCGGCGAGGACUAGAGAUGUUGGCUAACGAGAAUCCAAGGGGUUUCUUUACGCCGCAGCCGCUCAAGUUGAGUGGUUCGCUGGUGCCGGCCUCUCAGUGUAAGCCGCCUCGUCCUCACAGCGCCGGCAACCAGGAUCUCUUUCACGUCAUUCACAAAGUACCCGCCGGAGAUUCUCCCUAUGUCCGGGCUAAACAUGUUCAGUUAAUCGAGAAGGAUCCAAGCCGGGCAGUUUCUUUGUUCUGGGCAGCUAUAAAUUCUGGUGAUCGAGUUGAUAGUGCUCUUAAGGACAUGGCUAUUGUGAUGAAACAGCUGAACCGUUCAGAUGAAGCCAUUGAAGCAAUCAAGUCUUUUCGCCAUCUUAGCCCUAUAGAGUCACAGGAAUCCAUUGACAAUAUAUUGAUUGAACUCUACAAGAGAUCCGGUAGAAUCGAAGAGGAAAUCGAAAUGAUUGAACAUAAACUUAAGAACAUUGAAGAGGGCAUAGCUUUUGGUGGGAAGAAGACUAAGACUGCUAGAUCUCAGGGCAAAAAGGUUGAAAUCACACUUGAGAAAGAGUACUCAAGAUUGCUAGGUAACUUGGCCUGGGCACACAUGCAUUUGAAGAAUUAUAAAUCUGCUGAAGAGAAUUACAGAAAAGCUCUUUCCCUUGAGCCAGAUAAGAACAAGCAGUGCAAUCUUGCAAUCUGCUUGAUGCACAUGAAUAAGAUUGCUGAGGCGAAGUUUCUGCUUCAAUCCAUAAGGGCUUCAUCUGAUUAUAAGGAGAUGGAUGACUCGUGUCACAAGUCCCUAGAACGAGCCAUGGAAAUGGUUUCUGAAUUUGAGUCACAGAUUAUGGUGCCGGGAGGAGAGAUUUGUAAAGGAAGAACAUCCUCCACUAGUACGUUAGAUGUUGAAUUGAAGAGAGAUUCUUCUGUUUCUUGCUGGAGAAAAUAUGGCGGUGGACAUCUGGAAUCCCCGGGAGGAGCCUUUACGCAACCAAGAAGAUGUGCUGCUUCAUGGUCAUCAUUCAAUCAGAAGAAAGGAGGAGGAGGGUGGUCAAGAACUAGCAGAAAAUUGUCAUUUGAAAGCAAUAGUAAUAGUACAUGCAUCUUUCUACCACCAUCUUCUAGUAAUGAGAAGCUGCUGAGAUCUGAUUUGGGUCACUGGAAAAACUGCAAUGUUAUGAAACCUCAAUCUACAUUGCCAAAGAUGAUUCACAACGAGAAAUGGAGAAGAGACUACUACUCGUUGCAAAAUCAUCAAGAGUCGAUUAGUUUUGCCUUGGAAGAAGAAUCAUCAACUGUUGAUUUUUCCCAGAAUUCUGAACAUCUCAAUCUCAUAGGAAGUGAGAAAUCUGGCAAUAACGAGAAACAACAAAGUAAGAAGAGUUGGGCUGAUAUGGUUGAAGAAGAAGAUGACAUGCAAUCUUACGAAACUCAAAGCAACAAGUCCUCUAACAGUCAAGAGGACUUGGAGGAGCUCAAUGACGAAAAUGCUGACUGCAAUGUAAUUCGAAAGACCCCUAGUCUAAAGAAUCUGGCAGAGAAUAUAAGCCAAAGUCUUGAAACAUUAGAUCUCAAUGGUGGAUACUAUACUCAACCUGAAGGGGGGGACUUAGCCAUCCAAACUCCUCUUAGGCUACUAAAGCGAAGGAACAGACUGCAAGUCUUCCAGGAUAUAACUCCAGACAGUCCAAGAUUUUGAUGAAUGCUUUGUCAUUUUUCAAUCAAUGUGCAUACUGGACAGAGUGUAAGUAUAGGAUUUGAUUCUUUCUAUUUGUGAAUAGAAGAGAGUAUACAAGGAAAUGUCCCUAUGAGUGUGUGUCUUCACUGUUCCUAGACUUGGGUUUUUUUCCUUUCUGUAUAAAAUGACUUUUCUUGGAUUUU